AUGGCGACCGUGAGCGAAAUGGACCAGGUACAACUACUAAGGAAAGUGGUACGUCGUCGUUUUACUAUGUGCGCUAAAAAAAUAGAAGAAUAUCUAGACAAAAAAGAUAAAGUUGGUAUGUCUUCGGAGAUAAUAAAUAUUACUAAGAUUUUCGACGAGCUAACGUUACUACAAAAUAGAUUGAUGGAUCUAUGGUUGAAUAUGGAACAGCGAGACGAGAAUUUUUUUGAUAAGGAUCUAGAAUCUUCAGAAGCUUACAAUAGUCAAUUCUAUUUAUUGAAGCACAAGGUCAGUGAAUAUUGUAGUCAUACCGUAUCCCGCUCUUCGGCAUCUGACACUGUAGUAAAAGCGGAUAGUGAGGGUGGAGAGACUUCUCAAAGACAUCGUCGCCACUUUCGCCUUCCCAAACUCCAGCUGGCAGGAUUUAACGGAGAGAUAAAAAGCUGGAUACCCUUCUGGACUCAGUUUAAGAAGAUUGACGCUGAUAGUGACAUAGACGACGAAGAUAAAUUUCAAUAUCUCUUGCAAAGUAUUGAGACAGGUUGUAGUGCCAGAGAUCUAGUGGAAAGUUUUCCUCCGUCGGCCGAAAACUACCCUAAGGUGAUACAGCAGCUCAAACAAAGGUAUGCAAAAGACGAACUUAUAAUUGAACAUUAUGUUAGAGAGUUAUUAAAAUUAACUAUUGUUCAAAGGAAAGAUAACUGUAAGAUGUCCACUCGUACUCUAUAUGAUAAGUUAAUGACACAAAUUCUAGCUUUAGAGUCUCUUGGUGUUACGCAAGACAAAUAUGCCGCCUUUUUAUUUCCAAUGGUGGAGUCAGCGCUGCCAGAAGACAUAUUGCGAGCAUGGAAUAGGUAUCAAAUAAACGUCACUACUGAUGAUAAAGGUAAAAGUCAGUUGACACAAUUGUUACAUUUUGUUCGUAAUGAAGUAGAAUCUGAAGAAAAAAUUAAUUUAUCACGAGGAGGCUUUGCAAACGUGGAUCCAAAUCCAGUAAUUCCUUCUGCCAGUUUUUUAACUACAUCUAUAAGGAAUAAAGAAAAAACUAUUGUACAUACUAAUAAUGAAAUAAGAGAAUGUGUGUGGUGUGCAAAAUCAACGCAUAAUAGUUCGGAAUGCAAGACACCGAUCAAAUGGAAUUUAGAGGAGCGAAAAGAUUUUCUAAAAAAGAAGAAUUCCUGUCUGAUAUGUCUUAUAACUGGACAUCAUGCGAAGAAAUGUAGGAAAUAUCCUAAAUGCGUCAUCUGUGAGAAGAGACAUUACCCAAUUAUGUGCGUAGAAUUACAAAAGUCAACAAAAAAGAGUGAAGAUGAAAAGUCAAUGCUCAAACAGUCGACAAAACAGAGUACUGUUCUAUUGCAAACCGUCAAGUUACAUUUAUUUCACGAAGAUCAAGUUGUUACAGUAAGAGCUCUACUAGAUUCAGGUGCUCAACGCUCUUUUAUUAGAUCUGAUGUAAUUGACAAACUAAAGAUUGUACCUACAGGCAAUGAACACCUAAGGCACAAUUUAUUCGGAGGGGUAGUGACUAAAUUAGAGAACCACAGAUUAUUUACGCUAAACUGUAAAAGUCUUGAUAACAAAUAUAAACUACAAAUAGAGGCACUCGAGCAAAAGAAAAUAUGCGAUAAUUUGCCAAAGGUGAAACCAGGUAUACUUUUGUCACAACUACAAGCAAAAGGUAUAAAUAUUACUGAUUGUGUUGAUGAAGUGACUGAGAUUUCUUUACUAAUUGGUUCUGAUGUUUUAGGUUCGCUGUACACUGGGCGAUCAGAACAUGUGAGUGAUAAUUUAGUGGCAAUCGAGACGAAAUUUGGUUGGGUAAUUCAGGGACCUACUUCCGGUAUGUAUUCUAUUUUUACUUCAGUACACGCUUGUUCAUUUGAUAUUGAUGACUUGUGGAAACUAGAAUCCAUAGGUAUUAAAGAUGAGGCGCAAGUAAAAAGUAUUAGGAAACGCGAGGAAGAAGUCGAGAAUUUCUUUCGAGAAACUAUAGUCAGAAAUGAUGAGGAUAGGUACGAAAUUAAAUUACCAUGGAAUGAUACAGCUGAUUUAUUAUCUCCUAAUUAUAAUUUAGCUUUAAAACGUCUUCAUUCAACUACCAAUAAACUCAAUAAACUAGGCUUAUUGACAGCUUAUGAUGAAGUGUUUGGAGAAUGGUUAGAUAGUAAUAUAAUUGAAGAAGUUGUAGAUGAUAAUCCGCAAAUUGGCCAUUAUUUACCUCAUCAGGUCGUUGUUAAAGACUCUAGCCUUACCACGAGAAUUCGUCCGGUAUUCGAUGCGUCUGCAAUUACUAAAGAAGGUGUUUGUCUUAAUGCUUGUCUCAAAAAAGGAAGUAAUCUUAUAGAAUUAAUACCCAAAUUACUUAUUCAAUUUAGGAAGGGCGCUAUAGGUAUUACUGCCGAUAUAAAGAAGGCUUUCCUACAAAUAUCUAUUCAUCCAGAUGACCGUAAAUUUCUCAAAUUUUUGUGGUGGAAUAAUCCCAGUAGCGCAGAUAGAAAACUAAAAGUUUUUAGGCAUCGUCGCGUAGUAUUUGGUGUUACGACAAGCCCUUACCUCCUGUCAGCUACAAUACUGUACCAUCUUGAGAAAUACGAAUGUGAAACGGCCAGUUUAUUGAAGAAUAGUUUUUAUGUUGAUAACUGCAUUGUUAGUGUGAAUAAUGAAGUCGAAAUGGAGAAAUUUAUCAACGAAGCUUUAAAUAUUAUGAAUGAAGGUAAGUUUGAGUUACGUUGCUGGGUGACUGGUCCUACUCUAGAUAUAAAUCAAACAGACACUUCUGUGUUAGGAGUAACUUGGAAUUCACAAACAGACGAAUUGUAUUGUAAAGUUCCAUUUUUAAAACAAAUUGAUACAAAACUUACUAAACGAGUACUAUUAUCGAUGGCUCAGAGCAUUUUUGAUCCAAUCGGGUUUCUUUGUCCUACUACACUGAUACCAAAAUUGUUAAUACAAAAGUGUUGGGAAAGGACAAUGGACUGGGAUAAGGAACUUACUCUCGAAUUAGAAAAGUCUGCAAAAGAAUGGCUCCAACAAGUAUCAUCAAUUGAGAAAUGUCGCAUUCCACGAAGAUUGAGCAAGUGUAACCUGUCUGAUUGUAACAAUACCAUUCAUACCUUCAGUGACGCAAGUCAAUAUGCUUAUUCUGGUUGUGUCUUCUUGAGGUCAGAAUAG